AUGGCUUCCGCAAUGCUCACCUCAGCGGCUGUUGCGCUCCCCCUGCGCUCAACGGCUGCCAUCCCCGCGGCCCUCUCGUCCGCGCGUACCCGCGCAACCCCCGCGCUCUAUGCGCGAGUUACUGCUUCGCGCGCUCUUCCCCGCGUUCAACGCACGCUUGUUCGCGCGAAGGCGAGCGAUGAGGGGAGCAGCACGGCGGAGAUCGUGGGGGCUGUGAGCGGGCUGAUUUCCGUUCCCGUGGUUGCGUGGUCGCUCUUCACCCUCAAGACCACCGGCUGCGGGCUGCCCCCGGGGCCAGGCGGCAGUUUGGGCGCGCUGGAGGGCGUGGCGUACCUGGCGAUAGUGGGGCUCGUGGGCUGGUCCGCGUACACCAAGGUCUCCACCGGCAAGGGGCUGCCCAACGGACCCUACGGGCUGCUGGGGGCGGCGGAGGGGCUCGCGUACCUGACGCUGCUGGCGGCCGUGGUGGUGUUCGGGCUGCAGCUGCUGGACUAUGGAUACAUUCCGCCUCCCGUGCCCGGGGAACAGUGCUUUGGUUAA